UUUCCUUUUUCCAAGAAUUGGUUUACGUCAACCUCUCUCUCUCUCAUAUCUCCCGAUCAUCAUCGGAACAAGAUGCAGAAGCUGAACGAGUUCUUGUCUGGCGAACAGACAAACGAUAGCUUCCUUGAAGAUGGAUCGGAGGGUCUCUGUUCUCUCUCCACAACUCAGAGAAUGUACGGAUUCGCCGCGUCUUUGGCCGCUGGUUUGCUUCUCAUGUUUCUGUCCAUGAUCGUGUUUGCAAUCCCCAUCAAGUUUGCACUGCUCUUCACAUUCGGAAAUGUUCUCGCUAUUGGAAGCACAGCCUUCCUCAUGGGACCUGAGCAACAGAUAAACAUGAUGUUGGACCCUGUUCGUUUCUACGCUACCUCUAUCUAUGGUGGAUGCGUCCUCCUUGCUCUCUUUUGCGCUCUCUUGAUCCACAGCAAAAUUUUGACAGUGAUUGCGAUUCUAUGCGAGACUUGUGCACUUAUUUGGUACAGCCUCAGUUAUAUCCCGUUUGCACGAAGAAUGGUCUCUGAAAUCAUGAUCCGUCUCUGCGACACCGAGCUAUAAGUCAAUCUGAAUGGUUUUAGAUAUGAUUCUUCUUCUUCAACACUUCUUGAUUUUUUUUUUUUGUUUGUUUGACCUGAUCCGGUGGUUUGCGCAUGAAUCACAAGUAAUGCAAAUUGAGUUUCUUUUGUUGCUAUCUUGAAGCUCUUGUGUGUGUAUGUGUGUGUGUGUGUAUUUUUUGUUGCUUCAAGCCCUUUCUCAGCUUCUGACUUAACAGUCGUUUGAUAUUGGGAAAUGUAAAAACUUGAGUUAUGAGUGAUCUCUCCUUUUUAUAGCUGUAAUUGUGGUUUCUUAUGGUUAAAAAAAAAGUUUUUUUAA